AUGAGUAGAACAAAAAAAUGGACUGUCCACGAGGCUGCUGGUGACGCCAAGUGGUUUACACACAAUGGACACGCGAACACUGAUCCCACUAAAGUGAAGAAACUGGGAGCAGGAAAUUACAAUUGGGGUCGUCCAGGCGAUGAACUUGAAGACGAUAAAGAUUGGGAAACAGUACACAUGUUUGGCAAGUCUGCAAGACGUAAUUCCAAUCAUAGUCAGCACGAAAUGAACUUGAGAAUGUUGAACGAUCAAUUGGACAAUUCGUUGUUCGCAGAGGCAUUAUAA